AUGCUUCGUGAGAACCCAAACGCUCAAGCUACCAUGAGGUCGCGGCAUAUUAGUUGUGGUGUAUGCUCAAAAACCUUCUCGACACCUUUCAACCUCAGACGCCAUGAGGAAAUUCACCGACAGCCUCAGACGUACCCGUGCAAAAUCUUGACGUGCAAUCGCCACACUAGACCUUUCAAUCGUUGGGACAACCUCCUGGACCAUAUAAACCGCGUUCAUCAGGGAGGGAAUACAAUCCACGGCUCUCGGGACAGUCUGCCCGGCGACACGAGCCAAGCUCCAGGAAGAGGCGGCGACGACGCACGCGUGCCCAAGAGAAAGCGCGAGUCCGACGACGGCGGGAAGCUGGUGCACAACAACUCCAAGCGGACAAGAGUAGACGGCGAAACCGGUCUGGAAGGAGUCGACACUGACGCCCGGGACCGCAGACGCCUUGACAGGUACAUGGUGGGCUGGAUAUGCGCCAUGGGAACCGAGUACGUCGCCGCACAAGAGCUGCUCGACGAGGAGCACGACGCACCGGACUUUGUGUCCCCGAACGACGUCAACCACUACACAUGCGGUAGGCUCGGGAAGCAUGACGUUGUCAUUGCCGUGCCGCCCGACGGUGAAUACGGAGCGUCCUCGGCGGCCCAAGUAGCGACCAACAUGCAGCAGAGCUUUCCUAACAUUCGCAUCGUCCUCAUGGUAGGCAUUGGCGGCGGCGCACCGAGUUCCAAGCACGACAUUCGCCUGGGCGACAUUGUGGUGAGCGCACCGCACGCCGGCGGCGGCGGCGUCUUCCAGUACGACUUUGACCACACCACGCGUGACCUGGCCUUUCGACGGGUCCGGUUUCUAAACCAGCUCCCGAGUGUGCUGCGCACUGCCCUGGCGGGAAUCCGGGCUCAGCAUAGGAGAAAAGGCCAUCGGCUGGAAGAAACCGUAGACGCAAUGCUCGACAAGAACCCGAGGCUGCGGGGGGAGUACUCGCGACCGGCGCUAGAUACUGACAGGUUAUUCGAAAAAGUCACCGACGGCGCGGGAGGUUGCGCGGGUACAUUGUCGAAUUUGGUGCCGCGACGCGAACGCACAAAGGACGAGGAUAACCCUGCUAUUCACUAUGGCUUGAUUGCGUCGGCGAACCACUUGAUCAAGGACGCUACGAUUCGAGAUGGCCUCACGGCAGACAAGGACGUCCUGUGCUUUGAAACGGAAGCAGCAGGGCUCAUGGACCGCUUCCCGUGUGUAGUGAUUCGCGGUAUAUGCGAUUACUCGGACUCGCAUGCAAACAAGGAGUGGCAGGGCUACGCGGCCAUGGUGGCGGCGGCCUACGCAAAAGACCUCCUUGGUCAAAUAGCUCCAAAUAGGAUCCGGGCCGAGAAGAAGAUAUGUGAUAUUCUACCAGGCCUUGGUACAGAUGCAGCAGAGCAACGAGGUGAUAUAAAAGAAUUCGUCCCGAAACACAGCGGCGGCGGCGGGGAGAGGAUGUCGGCGCAUGAGCAAAAUCGGCACCGGGCGGUUCGUCACGCAAGCGCCGCCGGGCCAUGGGAUGGGAAGCGUGAAACAAGUGCGACAUGGACGCUUGGAAUUGGCGUCUCCAGCGCGGGUGCUUCCGAUCAUGGUUGA